GCAGCAUUGUUGCUGUGUUUUUUUUGGGUAGAGGCAGAGCUGUCAUAUAGCUUAGCAAGUCACUGUUUUGUCAUGUCAAGAACAAUCGGUCCCCAUACAACACAGGGCUGUUAGUUAACGAAUUAAUUUAUUCACAUAUCCGCCUUUGGGUUGGGCCAGAGGAUAUAAAUCUGGGAGGCGAGCAUUAGAGUGAGAUGAAAUGACCACGUCAACAUUACAGAAAGCAAUUGAUCUUGUGACCAAAGCCACAGAGGAAGACAAGGCAAAGAAUUAUGAGGAGGCCUUGCGACUGUACCAGCAUGCUGUGGAAUAUUUCCUACAUGCCAUCAAAUAUGAGGCCCACAGCGACAAGGCAAAAGAGAGCAUACGAGCAAAAUGUAUGCAGUACCUGGACCGAGCGGAGAAACUUAAAGACUAUCUGAAAAAUAAAGACAAACAGGGCAAGAAGCCUGUCAAGGAGGCACAGAGCAAUGACAAGAGUGAUAGUGACAGCGAAGGUGAAAAUCCAGAGAAGAAGAAACUCCAGGAGCAACUAAUGGGUGCCAUUGUAAUGGAGAAGCCCAAUGUCAGGUGGAAUGAUGUGGCUGGACUGGAGGGAGCGAAGGAAGCUCUGAAGGAAGCCGUCAUCCUGCCCAUUAAAUUCCCUCACCUCUUCACAGGCAAGCGGACUCCCUGGAGAGGCAUCCUGCUGUUCGGCCCUCCAGGGACGGGGAAGUCGUACCUGGCUAAGGCUGUGGCCACCGAGGCCAAUAACUCCACCUUCUUCUCCGUCUCCUCCUCGGACCUCAUGUCCAAGUGGCUGGGAGAGAGUGAGAAGCUGGUGAAGAACUUAUUUGACCUGGCUCGCCAGCACAAACCCUCAAUCAUCUUCAUUGAUGAGGUGGACUCGCUGUGCGGCUCCAGGAACGAGAACGAGAGCGAGGCGGCCCGCCGUAUCAAGACAGAGUUCUUGGUCCAGAUGCAGGGUGUGGGAAACAACAACGAUGGGAUUUUGGUACUGGGAGCCACCAACAUCCCCUGGGUGCUCGACGCUGCCAUCCGCAGGAGAUUUGAGAAGCGUAUCUACAUCCCUCUGCCGGAGGAGCCAGCUCGGACUCAGAUGUUUCGUCUUCAUCUGGGAAACACGCCACACAGCCUGAGGGAACCCGACCUGCGGCAGCUCGCCCACAAAACAGAAGGCUACUCCGGCGCUGACAUCAGCAUCAUCGUCCGGGACGCUCUCAUGCAGCCUGUUAGGAAGGUCCAGUCUGCCACCCACUUCAAAAAGGUUCAUGGCCCUUCCCGAAGCAACAACCAGGUGACUGUGGACGACCUCUUGACUCCUUGUUCCCCUGGCGACCCUGCAGCCAUAGAGAUGACCUGGAUGGAAGUGCCUAGUGAUAAGCUACUGGAGCCCAUAGUGUGCAUGUCGGACAUGCUGCGCUCUCUGUCCACGACCCGUCCCACAGUCAACACUGAAGACCUCCUGAAGGUCAAGAAGUUCACAGAGGACUUUGGGAUGGAGGGCUGAGAGACAGAGCUCCACCUCCCCCUGGUCCACGAGAAGGGUCCAACUGCUAACAACAGCCCUCAUCACCCCUCCAACUGCUGUUCCGCUCCCUAGGCUUUCAUCUGUCAGCUGAGCGCUUGGUUCACUGCCUCUCAUGGAUUUCAAAAUAAAAGACUCGAACAAAAAUUGGCAAGAAAUCUUGUAUUUCAACCAGGCCAGAGUUUUUGAAUCCUUGGAGGAAGUUGACCGAAUGCUACACUAGAAAAUCAUGGUGUGAUUUGGUAGAGUCCACGUAUUUCCCCCUUUUCAGACAAUGUUCCAUUACAAAGCAGCCGCUACAUAGUAUUCACUACAAGCACUUUGUAUCUGACCUGCAUUGACGUGAGGAAAGCAGCAUUUGAAUCUAAAUGCAUAAAGUUAGUCCCUCUCCGAGCCGACUGAAGGACUGUACAUUGUUUUGUCUCUGUGCACUUUGCUUUGGGUUGCAAUGAAGGACUGUGACUUGGAAGAAGAAACAAAAGAAGAAGAUUGUUCUCCUGCCAGGCAUGUGAGUGUGUGAGUGUUUUUAUGAAACUUGUGUCUUACUGUAAAUGUCUGUGUUGAGAGCCCUGUUAUGUGAUGAAGAGUUAAGUGAAGGAAUCAUCACUGCCUUGGUGUCCCUCUCCAGCGCUUUGUGUUGCAUCAGGCUGGAGAUGUGCUUGAUUCAGAGCCAAACACCACAUUUCCUCAAUCCAGAAACUUUAAAAGAUUUUAUUAUUAUUGAGCAACUACAGUUCUCUCGGUCAAUCCAAAAUGUUAAUCAACCUCAAACCUGAAUAUUUAAGAAAGUAAAAGUGAGGUUUUGGCUUUUUUAGGAGAAUAUCCAUGUGUGCACAAUUAUUAUGCAACUAAAUGAAAAACAAGAAUUUUCCCGUCUCAUUUGUUUAUUUUCAUCUGUUAAAGUGAGAAUAAUAAACAACUCAACAUUUACAAAUGAACAUGUCUGACAUUUCAGAAAAAUGGUUUGGAUUGGUUACGGAUCCAGCCACGGGCCCAUCCAUCUGGUCCGUCAAGAAUCUCAUCUCAAUAUAUUUACAAAUAUUUGGCUUUUAUGGCUCUCCCAGCCAAAAAGGUUCCCAACCCCUGAUAUAGGGUGUUGAUCUCCUACGGUCACACCCUCCCUCAUUACACAAAUACACAUCACCUGAUAUGCUUAAAUCCAAUACGGUUAACUUUAUACAGCUUGGAGUUGCAAAAUAUGCUUAAAAAUUAUGAUGUGUUCAAAAUACUCACGUGUCUAAUAAUUGUGCACAGUGUAGUUGCUCUUGAUAAAACAAUCUCACCAAUCUCGCUACUAAAGGUUCCUUUAGUAGCUAUUUUGGAGCUUUCGGUCAGAUCUAGUGUUCUUCCUCAGCAGAUGAGGUUUGUUCACUUGUUGUAUUGUAAAUGUCCAUUUCUUAAUGUAAGGACUUCUCAUCCAUGUUGUCUUGAAAUUCAGUUCAUACUCAACCUUGGAAACACAAUUUAGUAGCUGUUUUGGAGCUUUUGAUUUUAAGCCCGUAUCGAUGAAAAGUCCAUGAAAUGCUCAGAAGAUAUUCUGGGCAAACUCCAUCUGCUGAUGAUCAUGUGAUGUGACCCAAAGCCACAGAUUGUUUUCUCAAAUGCUGUUUCCAAGGUCAAGAAUGAACUUUGAAUUUACAAUUUUGAUAUAUGAAUCAGCUCAUAUUAUUUUCUGCACUCCAUUUCCCAUAAUGCACCUGUCUGAGUGUGACGCUACUGUGAUGUCUUCCCUCCUGGAUUUUCUUUUUUGAAGUUUGAGUUUAUGUUGCACUUUGUCGGCAUGCAGAACAUAAAUACACCGUUUCUUCCGGUUUCAGAGAAUCAACCAAGCACUUUUUAAAUCUUAACUUUUGGAUUUUGUUUGCCCUGUCGUAAAUAGUUUAGGACACUAUUUAUACAACUUGACUGACUAUGUUAGAGAUAUCGUAUGUUUACACUUGAAGUAUUUAUUUUGUUGAAGUUUCAUGAUGGAUUGUUUUUCUUUUGGGAGGCAAAUUUGCCCACCAAGCUCUACUGUGAGGCACCACCUUACAGACAAUAAGGAAAGCCCACAGUCAGGUUUACAUAAUAUUUACAAUCUGCUAUUGGAUGUUCUUUCUGUAACAACUCUCCGAUCUCUCAUUAUCACAACACAACCACAGGCUUGUCUGCUAACUCAGUGAUGGGACUUCUUGUGCUCGUGUUGUUUGUGGUUCAGUGGGAGGUCAGCUACCGUCCCUGUAAGGGAACAUAACCUGCCGGACCACUACUACUAAUUAACCUGCAUUAAUAAAAACAGACAUUUCAAAUGGAAAAAAGG